GUAAAGUGGACCAAUGUGUUUUGCAGUCGGACAGUGGAGGGGGAAAAAAACUCAUUAGAAAUGCUUUGUCAUGUGUGGGUGUCGCUGUGUGAAAGCGCCCAUUAAUCAGCGGGACUCUCGUGUUCAGCCACACCGGGCCGGAGGCGUCUGUCUGCGGCUGUUUUGAAAGCAGCAGCCCGCCGCUCGCUAACCGACACUCGGCUGCUCUCCGCUGCAGCUCCCCGGCGGCCCCUCCGCUCCUUUCUAUCCGCCUGUUUUUGUUUUGUUUUUAAUUUUUUUUAGUGAUAAUGGGGAUCAAUAAAACGUACAUUAGUAUCGGCUAUGCCUCCUUCGGGAUGCUCAUGGGCUUCUCCGCCUUCCUGGUGUGGAACAUCGCGUACAACCAGCCGUGGACCGCAGCCAUGGGAGGGCUGUCAGGCGUGUUGGCUCUAUGGGCCCUGAUCACUCAUGUCAUGUACCUGCAGGACUACUGGCGGACCUGGCUGAAGGGCCUCAAGUUCUUCUUCGUCAUGGGGGUUUUCUUCUCUUUGCUGGCAGUCGUAGCCUUCAUCACUUUCCUGUCUGUCGCCAUCAGCAACAAGGAGUCGCUGAGUGACCCUCGGAGCCUCUACCUGUCCUGUGUGUGGAGCUUCAUGAGCCUGAAGUGGUCCUUCCUGCUCGCCCUGUGCGCUCACCGCUACCGCAAGGAGUUUGCCGACAUCAGUAUCCUCAGUGACUUCUGAGGGGCAGCUCCCACAUCCAGCGGCGGCUACUCAGACUCUGGAGUACACUCACAGUGCUGGUUUCCCAGUCUGAGUGCGUCACAGUGUGAAAGCGAUGCCGGAGGAAUCACAGGACAGUCAAAUAUGCUUCGUUUUGUGGACAAGCACCUUGACCCUGGUUACUCCCUCGCCUCGGUGGCCUGUGUCUCCCCUACACCUCCUCUUUUUUUCUUUUCUUUUUUUUAUGAUGAGCAGGUUUGAUUGUUGACUUUUCAGAGAAAUCCAUCCCUGUUUUAUAUGAUCCUUGAUAGACUUUAUUUUCCUACCUUUUCCACUUCCCCUGCAUUAGUCAUGCAUCUGCACAACGAUAAUAAUUCCUUAAUGUGCUCAUUUCCCACCAAGCCUCACUGAAGGGAAUCACACGCUAAUUAUCAGUUGCAGUUUUACAAUGUGGCCACUAGAGGGCGUCGCUCCUCCAAUUAUCUGUGCGGUUCACACGUGCGCUCACAUUUUUCGUCAUUGCAAGUUCUCCUCACAAGUUUCACAUACAGUGAUCAAAAGAGGAAAAUCUGUACAUCACAAAUCACCAACGCGACGAUGACCGCGACGCUUUAAGAUCCACAAACAUGCGAGCUCUGCUUCAACAGUGUGUCAGCGCCUCAGAGUGAGCGCUAAAACCCUCAACAUGAAGGCUGUCUUGUGCAAUUCCCAACAAGCACCACAUGCCCCAUAUUUCUGAACUACAAAGAAAGGGCAUUUGUAAUAUAAAGAAUGAUUUUUGUAAUAUUUUUUAACCAGUGUGACAAAAAAAAGAGGAAAAACAGGCUUUAAUUCAGCAGCGAUACCACUAAUAUGCAUGCUUAAGUAUUCAUGUUAUUUUAUGUUAUAUCGUCCUCAUCAAACCCAUUUAUUGACGUUUAUAUUGUUGCUCAAUGAGAUUCUUUUGCUGCACCUCCUUUGUGUGUUUAUCUCUCUACACUAAAUGAAGUAUCAUGGUAUCGUGUACCAACAUGUAUCACUUGACUGAAUGUAGGAGUGUGUGUUUGUAAAAGAGUAAAUCUGAGAGUGGUUAUAAUAAAAUAUGUUUUUGACAACUA